AAUUGAACAUCCCAAGUCUGUCUAGGCGUUAAUGCUAAAUGUUUUGUUAUUUGCUCAUUUGAAGAGAAAUCAGAGCAUCCGGGAUUAUAUUUUUCAUGAAAGCAAUCAUUUUCUGGUAUGUAAUAGGCGUUGGGAUAAUUUCCUGCAAAUGUCCACCACGUCAGAUUGCAACAUGCUCCCAACCAACUGGCAUUGAAUAUGGAUCUGCUUUUUAUCGUACAUUGGAGGUUGGAUCUGUUGUCAGGUUCAGAUGUGAUCCCCUCUAUGAACUCAUAGGGCAAGAUAAACAAAUCUGUGGAAAAGACUGUACAUGGGUCGGACCUCAACCAGAAUGUAAAGGAGAAUGUAUGGAUGACGCAGCAUGCUCCAGUUUCGGCAAUUACUCCAAAUGCAUAAACAAUCUCUGCCAUAAUGGUAUAGUUCAGAUUCAGCAGCAGGUCUUUGGAUUGGAUAGUAAUGAAUAUUUUUGCUAUGAUCUUAUUGGACACAGUGGUUCCAUAUAUCAACUCAUAAAUCAGAAAGGAAUAGUUGUGAAAGUUACAUUGCUGAACUUAUCAAGAACUCAAACAGUUAACCUCAUCGAAAAUAUUGAAAUACUUGUCCGAACUACCAAAAUUGUUGUCACAAAUGAUGAUAUACAAGUGAAAGGUGUCAUUUUGGAGCGUUCAAAAUGGGGAGAUAACUUUGAAACAACUUUGCCAAAUUAUGUCCACGUUAAACUGGAGCCUGAUAGAUUGCUAUUGAAUAUUUGGAAUAAAUUGCACAUUGAUGUGAUCAAGUACCAAAGACAUAUUGGCUUCAAUCUGAGAGAUGAUGAACUCAGAACUGGACAUGGAUUAAUAGGUACUAUUUCCAGACGAUCAAGAUUCCAACAUACUGUCAGCACCACAGAUAUGAAAGGUGUAGUGCAGUUUGAUGAGCUUUAUGGAGAUGCAGUCAGGAUGGACUGGCAGUCAAGGUGUUAUAAACUCGUCAAAAAUAAACUUUCUGUUCUGAUUAAAAUUAUGAUGCUGAAUCGAUUUCAGUAAUUUCGCCUUCUAAAGCCAAAACCAAGAUACUGUAUAUGAUACCAAGUGUAAUAUAUCAUCGUCCAAAGUUACGUUGAUUGGCAUAUGCUACCUGUCAACCAAUGUCACAAAUUGCUACAUCGUAUCAACUGAGG